AUGGAGCCUACCAUCCAGGAGCCUCCAAUACUUAUUACUGAUGAUGAUGAUGAUGACAAUGAUAGUAGUGAUUUGGAGGGUCCUGUGCUCGAAGACUUGUGUGAUCAGGGCCAAAUUUCCUCAGCUGAAAAAGAGCUGGCUGAGCUUGCUACCUUCCGUCGCACAUCAGAUGCUGGUGUUGGUGAGCAAGACUUUGGUAAAAAUCUCUGCCAGCCACCAAAUGGUCUUAAGCCUAACCUAGAGAUUUUAGAUAGAAAGUUGCCAUCUGAUGAUGAGCCUGUGUCUGUGGUGGAACAACCGAAGAAAAGAAAGGAAAAAACCAAAAAUCUCUGUGUGACACCUGCUGUUAAAGAACGAAAGACACGUGGGCCUUCAAAGAAAAAACCCACAGCAACUGAAGUUGAAAAAGGCAAGACUGGCCACUCUGUGUGCAAAGUACCUGGAUGUUUCUUGCGUGAUGUUGAAAACUUGAAACAAUAUUCUGGAAAGAAUUUCAAGAAGAAUAAGGACGAACUGGUUGAGAAAAUCUGCCACCUGUUUAACAGCUCUGUCUUUGAUAAAAAGCUGCCGGAGAAGAUGGAUAUCAGCUGGAGCAACAAGAUGCUGAGAACUGCUGGCUUAUGCACCACUGGCAGGAAGAAGAGGGAGCCCUAUGCCAAGAUUCAGAUUUCUCUGAAAGUCUGUGAUUCUGCAGACCGACUCCGGGAUACCCUGAUCCAUGAGCUAUGCCAUGCAGCCUCCUGGCUGUUCGAUGGUGUCUGUGAUUCUCAUGGUGAUGCAUGGAAGUAUUAUGCCAAUAAAUGCAACAUGGUGCACCCGGAGCUGCCCAAGAUCACCCGUUGCCAUAACUAUAAGAUUAACUACAAGAUUUAUUAUGAAUGUACUCAGUGCAAAGCCAGAUUUGGCCGCUAUAGCAAAUCAUUGAAAAUCGAUCGCUCCGUCUGUGGCAGAUGUGGGAGGCCUCUGGUCAUGGUGCCAUUAACUCGGAAAGAUGGAACCCCCAUUAAGCCCCAUGUGAGACCAUUUGCCAGAUAUGUGCAGGAGAAUUACACAAUAGUUAUGAAGGAGGUCAUCGGGAAUAACCAUGGGGAUGUGAUGAAGAAGCUUGGCAAAGAUUAUCUUGCCAAAAAACAAAAGCAACUUCUUUAAAGUUAUCUAAGAGUAUUCUUAUGUGAGCUGGAUUUUUUCCUGCUAGGAGGUUUCAGAAAAAUCUCUGUUUCUGUGAAGUUAUGAAUAAAAUGAUGUUUCU